GUGUGACCAGGUGGAUGACUGGGUGGCUUGGAGGAGAAUUAAAAAGUGUCCCCAACACAUCCUUGAGACCAAAUCAGCAAUCUGUGCUUAAUAGUUCUUUUUCAGAACUUUUUGUUAAAUUUCUGGAAAAAGAGUCUCAUCCAUCUGUUCUACCACCAAAGCUUUCUGGUCAUGAUAUAAAACCUCUAGAUUCACCAGGAAAGAGAAAACUAGAUACGAAUGUACCAGAAAGUUUUAGAGAAUCCAGGUCUGGUAGAAGAACAGACAUGAAUCCAUUCCUGGCUUCCCGCUCUGCAGCUGUGACUCUUAUUAACCCAGCUGGACUUGGACCUGGUGGGCCUGGGAAUCUUCUCUUGAAACCCGUCUCAGAUGUUUUGCCCACAUUUACACUUUUGCCAGUGUCACCUGACAACAGCGCUGGAGUUGCGUUCAAAGGCCUUUUAAAGCAAUAGAUGGUUCUCAAACCAGAGAUGAUACAGCACUUU